AUUCUAUUGUUUUGGUUGCACUGAAAUAAGAGAAGGUUAUAGUGAUAGCUACCAUUGUUUCUGGUGCAACAUGCACUUCCACAAAAAAUGUGCUGAGUCUUCGUCAGAGAUAAACCAUCCUUCUCAUACGCGCCACCCCCUCAAACUCCUCACACAUGGAGUACAUGAUGGCUCCAACAUUGACUUGUGUCGCUUUUGCGGAGGAACGUUUAGGAAACUGAUCUACCACUGUUCCAUAUGUGUAUUCAGUUUGGAUCCAGUAUGUGCUCAUAAUCCACCACCGCUUACGAUUGACCAUCCAAAGGGGCAUGAGCAUACACUCACACUCAUGCCCAGACUUAUCUUCUUCACUUGUAAUGCUUGUGGGACGUUUGGUGACCGAUCUCCUUAUGUAUGUCCUCAAUGCGAUUUCAUGAUCCAUAAAGAUUGUAUCUACUUACCUCGCGUCAUAAAUAUCAAUCGACACCACCAUCGCGUAUCAUGGUCUUAUUUUAUUGGCCCGAGAAAUUGGAUAUGUGGAGUUUGUCGUCAAAAUAUUUAUGGAAGAUACGAGGUUUACUCUUGCUCGGUUUGUCCUCAAUACGCAGUUCAUUCAAGAUGUACGACCAGAGGACAUGUGUUGGAUGGGAAAGAACUAGAGGAAGAACCUGCAGAAGAGAUUGAAGAUGUUGAACCCUUCAAGGUGGUGGGUGAGAAUCUCAUUAAUCAUUUUAGUCAUGAUGCACAUAAUCUAAGAUUUAAGGAAAGUGGUGGUAAUUCCAAGGGUACAACUGGUGAAGAGAGCAUGCGUUGUCACGCAUGCAUCCUUACCAUAGAUAUGGAUUCAUUUUAUGCUUGUGUGGAUUGUGAUUUCAUCCUUCAUUCCAUAUGUGCAAAUCUCCCUCGAAAGAAACGGCAUAUUCUACACAACCACCCGCUUACACUCCAAACAGAGAUUCCUUAUCAUAAGUUAUAUAACGGUGUCUUCGAGUGUUCUGCUUGCACCGAGUUCUCUAGCGGAUUCAGUUAUGUAGGUUCCGGUGUUCAGUUAGAUGUGCGGUGUGGUUCUAUCUCUGUGCCUUUUGUCCACCAAGGUCAUCCUCAUCCUUUUUUCUUCACUUUACCAGAUCCUAAGACAUGCGGGUCUUGUGGUAGCAACUACGAUAAGGUAUUAAACUGCAUUGAAUGCGAUUUUGCUUUGUGUUUCUCGUGUGCUGCUUUGCCAUAUGUGGUUAGAAACCAAAAGUAUGAUAUACAUCCUAUAACCAUAUCCUUUGGUAAAAAGGCGAGUGGUGUAUAUUGGUGUGAUAUAUGUGAAACACAAUUGAAUCCUAACAUACAUUUCCAUAUUGGUUGUGUACACUUAAGAGGCUUCAUACACGUCAAACCAGGGCACAAAUAUGACAACCCGUCCCACGGACCCCACUAG